UCUUAGCAGCGCAGCAUAAUGGUCACUCAAACGUUUUCUCUGGAAGGAACUUAUUGUGAAAGAUGUGGUAGAAUCAGUCACCUAUGUCAGCCUAUUGCUAUGGAAAUCCAUCAAGUAGACUGGGGCCGACAUAUUUACCUGGAUGAUUCUAGAACCCAGCGAAAGCGUUACCACUGUAACUCUACAAUGGCGCAUGAGCAACGCCUAAAAAUUGAAAUUCAGAAAAGUUUGAGUUUGAUUGGUCUGGAAUCCGCACCAUACAUUUCUUGCCCUAGUGCCUUGCAUUUUCACAAGUCAAGUACUCAGACAACAACUAUUAUUUUAUCUGGUGUUGUUUUUCGGCAAACGCAAUUAUUGUUUCAGGAUUCUGAUUUCAAGAUUUUUAACUGUUCUUUUCAAGAUACCUUCACUGCUCUGAAAAUUCACAUAACAGAUAAUGCAAGAACGCUCUUUUUUCUUUAUGGCGCUUUUUUCUUUAACAACAACAUUUCAUGCGUGGAAAUCAUUUUGUACCACAAAGAUUCAAACCAGGAUCAACUUCUUGUUUUAAAUAUCAGCGAGACGACGUUUAUGAAAAACGGAUUUCACAAACAGCGGUUUCCAAGAGGUGUACUGACCAUCCGCUCACAAACCACGCUGCCAUCCAGCAGCAUAUAUGUCCAAAUAUCUUGCUUAAACAUCACAUCUGUCAAUAACGUUGGGUACUUUAUGAACCUUGAUCUGCCGUCAGCUGUGACCAGCAGGGUUUAUGAUGAUGUCAGAUUGUUCAACAAUACUCUUUCUGAUUUUGUCAAGGCAUCCACGUCUAAUGGAAAAGAGGCCAUCACGGAUUAUUCGUGGAAAAAGAGUAUGUCAUCAGCACGUAAAGCUUUAAUGAUAUGAAACAGAGGUGGCAAAACUGACGUGCUUAUUUCUGGCUGCACAUUUGUGGGCAACGCUAAAGUACAUGUAAGAAGCGCUGUUGUAAUCAGAGCCCAUAAAGCGCAAGCUAAAGGGAGCGUAUUGAUAGAAAACAUUGUUUUUUCAAACCAGUGGGUCACAGCUCGAGAUCGUCACGGUGGUGCCUUGUGGAUGAGUCCCCUGUUCUCCAUCAAACUGAUAAACGUUGUUUUAGCUUCAUUUGCGCGCUCAUUCCGAAUACUAGGGUUAUAUCCAAAAGCACCUUCUGAUACUCGUCCCUUCCGCAUUUCUAUCUCAAACUGCAGCUUUCUUGAGAACAGCUUUGAUAUCUUGGCACAUACAAAGGAUCCAGCCCGUGUAGAGCUGAGCAUCGAGAACACCAUUUUCAAGAGUAGCCAAAGGACAUAUAAAAACGUCGGGCUCUAUAUCAUUAUUAGGCCUUUGCGUCUACUAAAUAGUUCCAGUGCAGUUAUUAAAAUUAAGAAUGUCACAUUUGAAUCGAGACCAUGCAACGUUUUAUGCUUGUCAUUUAAAGGCAACAAAACUUUACAAAUACAAUCCUCAGUUUUUCGAAAUGGUAUAUGUUUCCAACGAUAUGUGUGGAAAGGCGAUAUUUACGAGGCCUCGACCGGUGCAAUAACGGUCCUCACACCUCGUGAUAAAGUCGUAAGUACAGGAUGUGUCAAGAGAGCGACAAGGAAAGAAACUCAUCCUGAGUGGAGCUAUCGAACUCAUACUUUGUUUGAAGAUAACAUUUUUGAGGGAAACUUGGGGUUAAUCGCUGGUCCUGUACACGUAACCAACGGCUACACAACAUUCCAAAGAUGUACUUUUAGAAAUAACUUUGCCAUCGAACAUUCUGGACACGUUUAUUCCGCAUAUGGAACUGGCCAGGUGGAUUUCAAAGAUUGUUUCUUCUCUGCAACGAAGAAGAACAUCACGAUAAACGAUACUACAUUUUACAAAACGACCUUUUUCCUUUCCGAAAGUAGGGGACCUAUAUAUCUUCAAAAUACAACUAUGUUAUCGUCUGCUGCUGAAACUUAUUCCUAUCCCGUACUUGAGAUUUCCAACGGAAGCUUCGUAUACAUGAAUGAUAAUACGACCAUCCAGUGCGAAAUCGGAAAUAAGCUCGAGUUGGAUAAUGCGACACAUUUUGUAUAUACAGGACAAAACAAAAGCUUUUGCCGAAUAAAUAUCACUGUCUUGAAAUACUCUUGCAAUCUGUGUGGCCCUGGUUUUUACAGCAUGCAAAAAGGGGUAUCACGUGGUGUAGUAGUCAACAAUACUGUACGUCAAGUGUCUACAAUGCCCAUUCGGUGCUACUUGUAUAAGACGGAAUAUAGCUGUUAAACCAAAUUUUU